GAAUUCUGUGCAUCAUGUUGGGCGUUCUCUGCAACAGGAUCACUGGAAGGGCAACACAAAAAGAGAACUGGGAAAUUAAUAUCUCUCAGCGAGCAGAAUCUAAUAGACUGCUCAUGGAAAUAUGGCAAUCUUGGCUGUUACGGAGGAAGGGUGGAGUGGGCUCUAAAAUAUAUUCAAGAUAACUUAGGGAUAGACACUGAGGACUCCUAUCCCUACUCCGGAAAGAAUAACUCACACUGUGGUUUUAAGAGAGCUAGUGUUGGGGCCAGAUGUACUGGUAUAGUUUACUUACCUUCUGGUGAUGAAGAGUCAUUGAAAAAAGCAGUUGCAACUGUAGGUCCAAUAUCUGUCUCAAUUGAUACAAAUCAUACCAGUUUCAUGCUUUAUAAAAGUGGGAUUUACGAUGAAAAAAUGUGUAGCCCGAGUGAGCUAGACCAUGCCGUUCUUGUUAUUGGAUAUGGGACAGAAAACGGUGCAGACUAUUGGUUAGUAAAGAACAGGUGA